GAUUUAGCUAGCUGCCCGGCGGAGGUGAUAUCCAUGUCUUCAUGAUCACGCCUCUAUCCCACUUCUCGCUCGAUUUAAUUUCCUCGUCAGAUCAGUCAUUUCCUCUUCAGAUCAGUCUGCCUGCGUCGUCCCCGGAGAACAUUCUUGUCCACCCAUCUCGCACUCCACAGUCUAGACCUCUUGUGGCGCCGCGUGCGGCCCAGCUACAAAGAUGUCUCAAGCAACCCCACACCGUUUACCAUCAGCGCAAGAGCAGGCCGCUUCCCCGUGCCGCCUUUGCCAUCUAGCACCAGCGGGAGUCAAUGGGCAUGUUACACUACCGUGCAUCUGCCGCCUCCGCGCUCACCGUUCGCGCAUGCAAUACGAAGAUUGACGAAAUUGAUCGGUGGAAAUGCGUGUGCGGGCUGCGUGGCAGGGGUGUAGCGAGGACCGAUGAAGUCAGUGUGCAGAACAUGACGAGGCUGGAUUCGACUCGGUUCCACAAGCGACAUCUCGCCGAUGCUGUCGAUGCAGUUGUGUCAAUGCAGGUUCACAGAGACAGCCUGUUGGGAAAACGCCAGACUGUUAGGUUCAUGUGCCGCGCCACACAAUGCACAACACUCCCCGCGCGUCCUCCUGCAGGGCGCCGCGAACGGAAGCCCCACCCUGGCGUUGGACAGCGUCGCGAACUGUGCAGCGCUUCACGACGCUUGCAUCGCAGGGCUGCCCUGGAUAGCAGGCGCAUGGGUAGGCGGUGGAGUGCAGAUUCUGUAUGUGACCGGCGCUGCAAUCUGGAUGCGAUGCGAGGCAGAUUGACGAGGCUGGAACUGGGUCCGAAGGUGCUCGGACGUCGUGAAUCGUCAUGCAAUCCAGAUUCCAGAAUACGUGCAGCGCAUGGCGAGGCCGGAGUCGUCGGCGAGCAGCAAUAUACAACACAAACACCUCAUGUUCCCGAAAAUAUACACCUCAACCGCGGAAUUGGCAUCGUCCUCAAGCCACCCAUCACCAUCCCGUUUAAUCACUUACCUAUUUCCCCAUCUAGAACCCGGAACCGCACCGCAUCUCUUUUGCUUUUUCUGCCAGCGCACCCCCGACCGACGUCCAACUGCCCUACGGUACUCUGUGCCCGGCGCUACGAGCGUGAGCAGCGUCAAUCCCCACACCUUCCUGCACGACGCUACAUGCCAAGCCGGCGGCUAGGAGAAGGAGGGACAAGCGCCGAUGCGGGCCGCUGGGAACAGGACCUACGCGCUGGGGGAUGGAUCUGAAACAUGUUCGGCAUUGGUCGAGACUCGAGAGGCAGCCAGAGGUCCCUCCGAGAUGCCCCUGCCUGCAGUGGAAGGAUUGACUGGCAGCGGAGGCAUCUGCGUGUGGUGGUUCCAGGGAAGUGUGAGGAGAUGCUGUGCGUGGGUAUGCUGUGCAUGUAUUUCCGUUGGGUUGGGGGGG